AUGGUGUUGCUCCUUAGGUACGAGGAUAUGCUGCUUGGGCCAGAGAGUCACGUCAAGAAGCUAGCAAAGUUCAUGGGAUGUGAAUUUUCCAAGGAAGAGGAUGAGGGAGGGGUGGUGAGCUCAAUCGUGGAGCUGUGUAGCCUCCGCAAGUUGAAGGACAUGGAGGUGAAUAAAAAUGGAACCACUAGGUCAAGGGCCAAGAACAAAAGCUACCUCAGGAAGGGAGUUGCUGGGGAUUGGAUCAAUCACAUGACACUAGAGAUGGCGCAGAGGCUAGACAAGGUCGUUGAGGAUGCAUUUCAAGGGACUGGAUUCACCUUUGCGAGCAUGGCAUGA